AUGUCAUUGGCAAACAAUAGCCUUAUUGGCGAAGUUUCCCAUUUGAUCUGCAAUGCAACUGAAAUCGGAAUUCUAGACCUUUCUUUUAACAGCUUCAGUGGAUCAAUACCACCUUGUUUGCUGAAACAUAACAAGAGGCUUGAGAUACUGAACUUAAGAGGCAACAGUUUCCUUGGAAACUUGCCUCAAGACAUCAGUAAGGAGUGUGCACUUCAAAUAAUAGAUCUCAACGGCAACAAGUUAGAGGGGAAGUUGCCGGUGUCUUUGAUCAACUGUCGAAUGCUACAAGUCCUGGACCUCGGAAACAACCUGAUAGUGGAUACGUAUCCACAGUGGCUGGGAGCUCUUCCUUUGUUGAAAGUACUUGAUCUGAAGUCAAACGGGUUUCAUGGCCCCAUCGAUUGCUAUGGGAUAAAUAAACAGACGCAUCUUUUCUUCCCAGAGCUGCAGGUUCUGGACCUUUCUUCAAAUUCUUUUAAUGGUAGCAUACCUUCACGAUUCCUCAAGCAGUUCAAGGCUAUGAUGGAGACUUCAUCAGGAGCUCGCAGCAUGUAUGUUGGAACUACUGUAAAAACUACUAUAGCAUCAUUAAAUGGCACAUCUCCAUACCAACUAUACUACAGGGAAUCGGUCACGAUCACACUCAAGGGGCAAGAAACAACGGUACAGAUACUUUCAGUUUUCAUGUCCCUCGACCUCUCCAACAACAACUUCGAGGGUAUCAUCCCCAACGAAAUUGGUGACCUGAAGUCUCUCAAGGGGAUCAACCUCUCUAGGAACUCCUUUACAGGCGAGAUCCCUCCCAGGAUCGCGAACAUGCUGCAGCUGGAGUCACUUGAUCUCUCCUACAACCAGCUCUCCGGAGAGAUCCCUCCAGCAAUGGCGCUGAUGUCAUUCCUCGAGGUGCUCAACCUCUCCUACAACCACCUGACAGGGCAGAUACCGCAAGCCAGCCAGUUCUUGACGUUCCCGAACACCUCAUUUUUGGGGAACGACAGGCUGUGUGGGAAGCCACUGACACGACUGUGUGAGACGAACCACGCACCAUCAGCUGCUGGUACACCGGGCUCUCAUAAAGAGCUGAACUGGGAAUUUUUGUCGGUUGAAGUAGGGGUCCUUUCGGGUUUGGGCAUUGUGGCCGCGACCAUGCUGCUGUGGGGCAACGGGAGGAGCUGGGUGUACUGGCAUGUCGGCAAGUUUUGGCUGCAGGUUCUGCAGCCAAGGAUCUGCCGCCGUCGACGCUGA